UCUCGACGUGUCACCGGCGGCGCCGCGGCUGUGGCAAGGGAAGGACCUAACUGGGGGAGUUCGAGGCGGCGGGCGGCGGCAGCGACCCCGGCCUGGAUCUGCCCCGGCGCGGAAGUGUCCCGGGGUCCGUGGGGAGUAGGGGAGGGAGGCGGCGGCUCGGCCCGCACGGGGCACAAUGUUGAACAUGUGGAAGGUGCGGGAGCUGGUGGACAAAGCCACCAAUGUGGUUAUGAAUUAUUCAGAGAUUGAGUCUAAGGUUCGAGAAGCAACGAAUGACGAUCCUUGGGGACCUUCUGGGCAACUCAUGGGAGAGAUUGCCAAGGCUACAUUUAUGUAUGAACAAUUUCCAGAACUUAUGAACAUGCUUUGGUCACGAAUGUUAAAAGAUAACAAAAAAAAUUGGAGAAGAGUUUACAAGUCAUUGCUGCUUCUAGCUUACCUCAUAAGGAAUGGAUCAGAGCGUGUUGUUACAAGUGCCAGAGAACACAUUUAUGAUUUGCGAUCCCUGGAAAAUUACCACUUUGUAGAUGAGCAUGGCAAGGAUCAAGGUAUAAAUAUUCGCCAGAAGGUGAAAGAAUUGGUUGAAUUUGCCCAGGAUGACGACAGGCUUCGUGAGGAGCGAAAGAAAGCAAAGAAGAACAAAGACAAAUAUGUUGGGGUUUCCUCAGACAGUGUUGGAGGAUUCAGAUACAGUGAAAGAUACGAUCCUGAACCCAAAUCAAAAUGGGAUGAAGAGUGGGAUAAAAACAAGAGUGCUUUUCCAUUCAGUGAUAAAUUGGGUGAACUGAGUGAUAAAAUUGGAAGCACAAUUGAUGACACCAUCAGCAAGUUCCGGAGGAAAGACAGAGAAGACUCUCCAGAAAGAUGCAGCGACAGUGAUGAGGAAAAGAAAGCAAGAAGAGGCAGAUCUCCCAAAGGUGAAUUCAAAGAUGAAGAGGAGACUGUGACGACAAAGCAUAUCCAUAUCACACAGGCCACAGAGACCACCACAACCAGACACAAGCGCACAGCAAAUCCUUCUAAAACCAUUGAUCUUGGAGCAGCAGCACAUUACACAGGGGACAAAGCAAGUCCAGAUCAGAAUGCUUCCGCUCAUACACCUCAGUCUUCACUUAAGACUUCAGUGCCUAGCAGCAAGUCAUCUGGUGACCUUGUUGAUCUAUUUGAUGGCACCAGCCAAUCGACAGGAGGAUCAGCUGAUUUAUUUGGAGGAUUUGCUGACUUUGGCUCAACUGCUGCAUCAGGCAGUUUCCCUUCCCAAGUUACAGCGACAAGUGGGAAUGGAGACUUUGGUGACUGGAGUGCCUUCAACCAAGCCCCAUCAGGCCCUGGUGCCUCCAGUGGUGAGCUCUUUGGCAGUGCCUCACAGCCAGCUGUGGAACUUGUCAGUGGCUCUCAACCAGCUUUAGGCCCACCUCCAGCUGCCUCAAAUUCUUCGGACCUGUUUGAUCUUAUGGGUUCAUCCCAGGCAACUAUGACUUCUUCCCAGAGUAUGAAUUUCUCUAUGAUGAGCACUAAUACUGUAGGCUUGGGGUUGCCCAUGUCAAGAUCACAGCCUUUGCAAAAUGUUAGCACAGUGCUGCAGAAGCCUAAUCCUCUCUAUAAUCAGAAUACAGAUAUGGUCCAGAAACCAGUCAGCAAAACCCUGCCCUCUACUUGGUCUGACCCCAGUGUAAACAUCAGCCUAGACAACUUACUACCUGGUAUGCAGCCUUCCAAACCCCAGCAACCAUCACUCAAUACAAUGAUUCAACAGCAGAAUAUGCAGCAGCCUAUGAAUGUGAUGACCCAAAGCUUUGGAGCUGUGAACCUCAGUUCUCCAUCAAACAUAAUUCCUGUCCGGCCCCAAACUAACCCUUUGAUGGGGGGACCCAUGCCUAUGAGCAUGCCCAGUGUGAUGACUGGCACCAUGGGAAUAGCGCCUCUGGGAAACACCCCAAUGAUGAACCAGAGCAUGAUGGGCAUGAACAUGAACAUGGGGAUGUCAGCUGCUGGGAUGGGCCUCACAGGCACAAUGGGAAUGGGCAUGCCCAACGUAGCCAUGACUUCUGGAACUGUGCAACCCAAGCAAGAUGCCUUUGCAAAUUUUGCCAACUUUAGCAAAUGAGAAAUGGUAAAGGAGCAGAUUGAAUGAAGGAUUUUUAGUGGUGAAGAUAGGUGAUGUUGGGAUGGAAAAUGCUAAUCAACUCCCGUUUCUUUUAUUAAUUAGUUAAAAUAAACCUACAUAAAGAACCAAAAAAGGCUGUUUUAUAAAAGUGAAAUAUCUAGUAUUUCAGAUGACCAGGCAAGGGCACUUCAGAUGAGGCAGUCAAAAUUAUUUUUCCCAGUGAGAA